AUGGCCAUAAACUUUUCACCAUUUCUUAAAACGCUUGGAAACAAUCAGACACGUUGUUCAGCAAUGUUUCGUUCGAAUUGGGACUUGGUAUCACCGUUUACUUGGCUUGAUUCAUUGGCUAAUGAAGAAGAGUUUAUGGGGCAAAGUUUUGACGAGCUCUACCCAUCAACUCGUGUUCUUCUCUUCCCUCGUCAACGACAACGACAACUUGACGAACAAAUGACCUAUUCAGAAGGAGAGAGUAUGGAGAAAGAGGAACCAUCGCGUAUCAAUAAGAAUGCAAAGGUGACGAACAAUUUCUUUGACGACUUACCUGCUGGUGCAAAACUGAUGGACACACAAAUACCAGCGAAUCUAUCACCACCCGAUUCUAAGGCUAAAGACGGUUUUUCCUUUUGCACCUACUCAUACAGCACGUGUUUGACAGUGGACGACAAUGGUUGUCGCGUAAAUAGUACGCGUCGUCGUUACGAAGACUCGGAUGGGCGUUUGAAAGCGCAGCAUAAACGCCAAAUUGGCACGUGUGAGCUUGAAUCAACAUGGAAGCGAUCUUCCGAUCAAGAUGAAGGGUCGGUUGAGAAUAAGGUCUCAUCCGGUUCGGUUGAGGGUUUCGAAAAAGCGUGGAAACACACACCUUUUGGUGUUGCUGAAGAGCAAGCGAAAGCUCAUGGCGCGAAGCAGCAGAAUGUACUGCCGGAUCAGCCUCUUGCGCAGGAAUUGCCUUAA